AUGAGCAGUAAGAAGGGGGCACUCAGAGCUGCGCCAGGGAAGUCCUUCCCUAGAGCCAAGCCACGGGCCCCUGCCGGGAAACCCGGAGAGAGCCGCCAGCCUCAGAAGGAGACCCGCCCGCAGGCCACGGGGCGCGCAACCCCCGAGCGCCCGGAGGCCCCUGCAGGGCCAACCGCGGAGGACCGAGCAGCCACCGUCAUCCAGUGUGCCUUCCGGAAACUCCUGGCGAGAAAGGAACUGGCCCGCCGUCAGCAGGAGCACCAGGACUACCAGGAGCUGAUGGAGAAGCUGCAGAGGGAGGCCUUCGUGGCCCAUGUUCGGCGCGAGCAGGAGGCGGCCCGGCGGCGGCAGGAAGAAGCGGCUGCGGCCGAGCGGAGGCGGCAGGAGGAGCGGCUGCGCGGGGCGCGCCUGCUGGAGGCGGCCUUCGACGGGAACCUGGGCGAGAUCCAGGCGGUCCUGCGGGAGGUGGACGAGCUGCUGACCCGCGAGGGCAUGGGUUGCGACGCGGCGGGAAUGGCGCGGCGGCUGCAGCGGCGCUUGGCCCUGGUGGACUUUGAGGACAGUGGCGGGAACACGCCACUGUCCGAGGCGGCGGCAGGCGGGCAGUCCCUGGCCAUCCAGCUGCUGGCCGAGCAGGGCGCCAGUCCCAACAGCAAGGGCGCCUUCGGCCGGACCCCGCUGUACCGAGCGGCCUUUGGGGGCCACCUGGAAGCCGUGGAGGUGCUUCUGAAGCUCGGAGCUGACCCCCGGGUAUAUGCGGACGACGGGAGCACACCCGAGCAGGUGGCCUCGCUGGACACGGUGGUCAGUGUGCUGCAGUCGUGGGACCUGAGCCUCACAGACGCCAUGCUCCAGAACAUGGAGGCAGAGCGGGAGCGCCGGGCCCAGGAGGCCGCGCGUCACAAGGAGGCGGAGGCCCAACGCAUGAACCUCAAAGUACAGCAGCUGGCCAAGGAUCAGCAGCAAUGUCACCAACAGCUGCAGCAGGCCUACUGUGAGCUCAACCGGAGAAUCGCGGAGCACGACCAGUGCGAGCAGAGGGGCACAGGCCUGGCCGCGCUCACGCUGCAGGGCAUCAAGGAUGCAGAGGAGCAAGUGGACAGGCUCCAGCAGGAGGCCCAGAAGGCAGAGGAGGCGCUGGCCCUGGCCAGGCUGGAGCUGCGGGAGCAGACCCAGGAGGCGGAGGAGGAGGUGCCCGGGCUAAAGUGCCAGGUCAGCGAGCUCCACGACGUGCUGAUGAAGGACGUGGGUGACCGAAUCCGCGCAGACGGCAGGUGGCCUCUUGUUAUUGACCCUUCAGGCCAGGCGGCCACCUUCCUGCGCUACCAGGACACCAACUACGUGGACGCCGUGAACCCUGACCACCUGCGGCCGGAGAGGAUCCGGCUGGCGCUGCUGGGGGCGCUCAGGUUCGGGAAGCCGCUGGUGUUUGACUUGCAUGAGGUGGAUCUGUUCCCAGCCGUGCAGCAGCAGCUGGAGGCGGUGCAGCCAGGCCUGGUGCAGGAGCUGCUGGGCCACGGGCUGCUGGAGCAGGAGAGGUACCUGUCGCUGCUGCGGCCGACCGAUGGGCCCGAGUACGGCCCCAACCAGUUCCAGGAGGCGCGCCUGCAGCACUUCCGCCUCUUCUUUGUCACCAAGGUUCGGUGGCCGCCGGCAGAGCAGCUGCAGGUCCUCCUGCCUGUGCGCGUGCAGCUGCCGGGCGGGAGCCUCUAG